CCAUGCCAUUAGCCGAUGUGUUUUACAUUCAUCAUGAGCUUGUCAGAAAAUUAUUGCUUCCACAAAGGGUGCCUGAGCCUGAGGCAGUGCAGGACUCCUAUAAAUGGCAGCCCAACUCCCUGCUCUCUCAUCCACUUCUCUCGCUUCAUUCUCCUUGGGCAUCAGGUGAGCCUCUGUCCCAGAGACAUGUCCUGCUGCAACCCAUGCGUGCCCUGCCAGCCCUGUGGCCCGACCCCACUGGCCAACAGCUGCAAUGAGCCCUGUGUCAGGCAGUGCCAGAGCUCCACCAUCGCCAUCCAGCCCUCCCCGGUGGUGGUGACCCUGCCCGGCCCCAUCCUCAGCUCCUUCCCACAGAACACCGUUGUGGGCUCCUCCACCUCCGCUGCUGUUGGCAGCAUCCUCAGCUGUGAGGGAGUGCCCAUCAACUCUGGAGGCUUUGACCUCUCCUGCAUUACCAGCCGCUACUGUGGCAGCAGAUGCCGACCCUGCUAAAGCUGCUGGCAAUGUCCUUGGGCAAGAACCUCUCAAGACCUUGGAACAUGGUCCUUGAAAGGAGGUAGAGCUUCAUGGCAUUGCAUUCAGAGCUCUGAACUCGUUUCCUUCUUCGACUCAUGUCUCUCUGUUGCUUUUGCCGAUUCUGUCUCCCAAGGGCAGUGUGGCAGGGACCUGUUUUUGAUCCCUCCCUCUGCAGGGAGGCAGACUGACACUCUGCAGGACCACCAGAUCCCUUUCCACAGAGCUGCUCCCCAGCCAGAUAGCUCCCAGCCUGUGCUGGGAUUAUGUUUUCCCAUGGGCAGCGCCUUACACUUGGCUGAGAUAAUUCCCGAGUUGGGAUUUGUAUCAGCCACACUCAGGCCACAUAAUGGAGUCCCCACUUGCUGUGAAUCUAAUGACCGUAAGGUCCACCGCAGCCCCGGGACAGCACUGAGUGUUCAAAGGCUCAUUUUCUGGCCAUUAUUCUGUCAUGAUUGCACAGAGGGUGACUGGGCAGUUGGCUUGCAUGACAGGGUCUUCCCAGCAGUGCAGUCCCUGGUCGUUGGAGAGCUGUCCUGCAGGAAACCCUGCACACCCCUGGGAACCCCAUGGACACACCAAAGUGCAGGGCUGUGCCCUCAUGAUAGGACACCUCUCCCCCCACCAAGCUCUGCAGUACCAGUGUUGGUGGUUUUACUGGGAGGAAAAGUACUGGUCCUCAACCCAGGAAGACAAGCCCCCCCGCAUGCUGCCAUGGGCCUACUCUGCCCUGGGGCCCAGGUAAUGGACCCCAGCAUGGAGCAUCUCCAUGCACAUGGGAGCUGUUGCCUUGAAGACCUAGGCAAUCAAGACAGUCCUCUGGAUACAUGCAUCUGCCACUCUAGAUGGAAGUCUCAUAUGGACCUGCUGACUCACACUUUGGGGGUUCUCAUUUCUCUUGAUCGUGACUGUGCUUCUAGAGAAGAAGAUCGAAGGUUCAUGUCCCUCUUUGCUAUUCCCUGCCUGCAGAGUAUGUCUUUUACAGUGAAGAAAUCUUGGAAAUUAAGAGGACAAUAGCCACGCACUAUCCUAUUUUCUCAGAAAAACAAAAAGUGUAUCUCAAUUGCAAUAAACUCUUUUGGAAUGAGGA